UUGAGACCUUUCACUGGGGCUUUACCACCACAAGUCAUCAACUAUGGUCGUCAAUUGUACACAAGACCUGUUUUCGAUACAAUCAUUUUGAAACUAAAUUUGUUUUCUCCAGAAUCUGCUCCUUUAUUGAAAGAGUUCAUUUCCAAAUCACUAGGCUAUGGUAUCGUUGGGUCUUCAGGGAUCGUGAAACUACCUCAAAUCUUGUCAAUUUUAUCAAAAGGUUCCGUUCAAGGUUUAUCAUUCUUUAGUAUCUUGUUGGAAACUAUAAGUAACUUGAUCACUUUAUCAUACAAUUUCAGACAAAACAAUGAUUUCAUCACUUUUGGGGAAUCAGCUUUCCUAUCAGUUCAAAAUUUGCUGAUUCUAUUAUUGAUUUUAUACUUUUCUGGAUUAAGUAAAUAUAUCAAUGGAUUUGUCGGUUUAGCUUCAUUGGCAUUUUAUUCAUUGUUUGCAAAUCCAGAUGGUAACCCUGGUGUGUUGUCCAAUGUUGAUGUUAAAAAUUUAACUAAGCUAACCAUUCCUUUGAUUAUCUUAUCCAAAUUACCACAAAUUUCCAACAAUUUUAGAAACAAAUCGACAGGUCAAUUGUCUAUUGUUUCUGUAUUUGCAGGGUUAUUAGGUGCGAUUGCAAGGGUAUUCACUACGUUGUCUAGUGGUAUUCAAGACAAUUUGAUUUUGUUUGGAUUUGGGGCCAGUUUAUUGUUGAAUCUUGUUCUUUUCUUACAAAUUGUCGUUUACAAAAACAAGCCAAUCUCCAAAGAAAAA